AUGUUCUCGCAUGAUCCAAGGACGCCUCCGUACGACAUACGCGGCUGGGAUACCGGGGAUGAUCACUUUGACAUUAACAUACGAGUGAAUGGAUUUCGCUUCAAUGUCACAGUGUCCCAAGAGAAUUUUGUCAACUCGCCACAAGCUCUGCGCGUUUUCCACGAGAUAUUCGAUAAGCUUGCUGCAGGUGAGGAUUACGACCCCGACGUCUGGCAAUAUUCUGAGGACAUCGCCGAUGUAUUCGUGUCACAUUUCCAGCAGCUGGCACCAGCAGCAGCUCAUACUGGAAAGUUAACGCUGGCCGACCUCGCUGUGCGCGGCUCUUUCGAGUGCGAGUACCGUGUUGUGGAUGAGACCCCAGUAGCAGGCACCGUCACGACGUAUUCACCAGAAUCUGCGUCAUGUCAGGAGUGGAAUAUUCGGCUCCUCCAGUCCUCCUUUCCAGUCUUUUAUCCUGGAGAAAUCGAGAUACCCUUCGCAGAUGGUGGAUCAAUCUACGACAUCGUGCCUCAAAAAGUCCGCGUCCGCGGCAAUGAAUACUUCUACAAAUCAUGUUGGUCACCAUACGAUGCUAUUAAUGAGGUGAAAAAAUACUCUAAAAUUGCAGCCUCCGAUAUAUAUGGACAACUUUGCAUCUCACGACUCUUCGGCAUAGUUGCUAACACAGACGGCCAAACCAAAGGCUUAUUGUAUGAUUUAAUCGAAGUUCGCGGCGCCGGGACGUUGACAUAUAUGAUCAGCUUUGACACCCCUAUUGCAUUGCGGAAGAAAUGGGCAUCACAGAUUCAGCAGACAGUAGCAGGCCUUCACAGCCUAGGGAUUGUCUGGGGGGAUGUCAAAUCAGAUAAUGUUUUGAUUGAUAAUGGCAACAAUGCUAUCGUCAUUGAUCUGGAGGGUGGCACGACAAGAGGCUGGAUUGAUCAUGACGUGAGUGGUUCGAUCGAAGGGGACUUGCAGGGUUUGGAGAAGCUGGUUGACUUCAUUUUCAACGAUGAGUCGCCACUCCGCAAAGGUCGUUUGUCGGACUUCGAUUGUAGCGACGAAUCGAAUUAA